UGUGAAGAUGGGCGGACUUUAAAACACAGCAGGAAAAGACAGGAACGCCGAUCCUUCCCCGGAGCACAACAAAAAGAAAACGAUGGCUGCCAUACGUAAGAAACUUGUCAUAGUGGGUGAUGGAGCUUGUGGAAAGACAUGCUUGCUGAUUGUUUUCAGUAAAGACCAGUUCCCUGAGGUCUACGUGCCCACAGUGUUUGAAAACUAUGUAGCGGACAUUGAGGUUGAUGGAAAGCAGGUAGAACUAGCCUUAUGGGAUACUGCUGGACAAGAGGACUAUGAUCGGUUAAGACCACUGUCCUACCCUGAUACAGAUGUUAUUCUUAUGUGCUUUUCCAUCGACAGUCCUGAUAGCUUGGAGAAUAUUCCAGAAAAGUGGACACCAGAGGUGAAGCAUUUCUGUCCAAAUGUUCCUAUCAUCCUCGUGGGUAACAAAAAGGAUCUCCGACAUGAUGAGCACACACGAAGAGAACUUGCCAAAAUGAAACAGGAGCCCGUAAAGCCAGAGGAAGGGCGAGAUAUGGCCAACCGAAUCAGUGCCUUUGGAUACUUGGAGUGCUCUGCCAAGACAAAAGAUGGAGUGAGAGAAGUGUUUGAGAUGGCCACCAGAGCUGCGCUGCAAGCAAGGAAACGUGGCAAAAAGAGUGGCUGUCUGCUGUUAUAGAAACCUGUAGAGGAGAGGAUAUCAGUUAACACAGCCCAGAAGACUUAAAAACAGGGAGGGGAGGGAUAGAUUGGACAAGCCUAGCAUUCAUGUCCCAGUACAGUUGGCAUAUAAGACUGAUACUGGGACAAUGUGUCAGACAAACAAUGAGAGACCAAUGGAAAGACUUUGGGAACAGCUGGGAAUAGGUUGGCGUUAUUUCCUGUCAUCACAAAGAUUGGGGUAAAGCGAUUUCUGGUAAUAUCAAGCAAAAACGUUGAGAUCAAAUGUAUAAAUGGACUCUAUACCCUUUGAUGUAGUUAUUUUUUUCUUUCUUUACUUUUUAGCCCCAAACUGUUAUAUGCCGGUUUUAAAAAAUGUUUCUCCUGUAUGCAUCUCUUUUAGGUUUACCUUCCUGUCUUUAACAACUGUUUUAUGUGUUGGACAGAUUGUAUGUAUGUAUGUUUGUUUGUAUGUUUGUUUGUAUAUGUAAGAAUAUGAAUGUUUGUCAAAAUGAGUGCAUGUCCAGGUUUUUUCUUUGUACAUGAGUGUAUCUGGCCAGCUUUAUUCUACUCCGCUAGUUCAGUGAACACACACUGAACAUUGAAGUGGGGUGUAUUGUGUUUAACCUCCCACUUAAGGCAUUUCUCUUUUUAUAGCUGAUGUUUCAAAAAAGUCUGGGCUGUACAUUAGGGAUCUAAACCAUUUAGCGAUCCUGAAGCGCAUAUAUAUAUAUAUAUAUAUAUAUAUAUAUAUAUAUAUAUAUAUAUAUAUUAAUUAAA